AUGGGGCUCACAAAAGAGGAAAGCGUGCCGAUGUUAUCUGUACAACCCAAAGGGAAGCAGAAGGGCUGUGCUGGCUGCAACCGGAAGAUCAAGGACCGGUACCUGCUGAAGGCUCUGGAUAAGUAUUGGCAUGAAGACUGUCUAAAGUGUGCCUGCUGCGACUGUCGUCUUGGAGAGGUUGGAUCAACUCUUUACACAAAAGCAAAUCUCAUUCUUUGCCGCAGAGAUUACCUGAGGCUCUUUGGUACCACCGGGAAUUGUGCUGCCUGCAGUAAACUGAUCCCUGCCUUUGAGAUGGUGAUGAGGGCCAGAGAUAAUGUUUACCAUUUGGACUGCUUUGCCUGUCAGCUCUGCAACCAGCGAUUCUGCGUGGGAGACAAAUUUUUCCUGAAGAACAACAUGAUCUUGUGUCAGAUGGACUAUGAGGAAGGGCAGCUGAAUGGGAGCUUUGAGUCCCAGGUUCAAUAACAAACCCUGCUUCGCUGAAGCACUGUGGAUGGGCGCUAGGGCGCCUGUCAGCUUGCCUGCAAUAUUUUUUUAAUUCUUGGUCCAGAGAGGACUAUAUACAUUGUAGUACUUUUCCCCCCAACACAAAGCAGUUACAAUUUUAGAUGUACAGUUGUGCCUGCUUAGCUGAGCACUGCAUUGCCUGUAUGUUUGUGAGUUUUUGGGGUCUGGGGGAGGGCUCUGUACAGUCUGUUUUCUGUAUAUAAACUGGAACAUUUAUUUUAUGAAAAAUGUAAUGCAAUUUUAUUACUGGUGUGAAUUAAAAAUUAUGAAUGUUUCCUGG